AUGGCUGCAGGUCUCUGGUUGUGUCUGCUUCUGCUAUGUGCCAAGAUUCAGGUUUCCCUUUACCGGUGCGUUCACGACCAGGUUCAGUCCCGGGUACGGGUGGUCCGCGCAAUUCCGGAUCGAAACCUGGGAGAGGUCGCUCCGAUGAGGAUCGGGUUCUGGCUAUCUGGGGAAAGCGACCACCUGUCAGAGCAGGAGGAGGCACGAGUGAAGGCCACCGUGGAGCAGGCUGGGAGAACUGUGUCUUCGUUACUGUCGGUGAAGAGAACCUCAAACCCUUUGCUGCUCAGACGGGACGUCGACAAAUACUGCAAGUUUCUAUGGAAGAAUCCAAACUCCAUCAACUAUAACAGGUGUGGCCGAGCCAACAAAAACUACAUACAUGAGACGUGUCUGGAUGUAAAGAUCCCAGAUGAACACCUUGCUGGUGUCAAAGUCCACCCGCAAGCCAACUCUACCCAUCGGCUUGUUCUCAGGCAUCCAGGCGCCGGAGCGCCCAACGUCGACUUCCUGCUGUAUGUCCACGUCCGGGCGACGGACAAGUGCAGGGCACAGCCUAGCCUGUUGGCGUACGCCGCCCACUGCCAGACGGACAGCAGAGGUAGACCUUUAGCAGGUGUUGUGGCCAUCUGCAGGGAAAGACUGACAAGACUGACUGUACAGGUCUGUACAUAGGUGACAUACAUACCAAAUAGGGGGCUUCAAAGUCCUCGCCUUCUCUUUCAGACUGUGGUUCAUGAGCUACUCCAUGUCCUGGGCUUCUCCAAAGAUCUCUUCCCCACUUGGAGAGACUGCUCUUUUGAGCGAGGUUUUUCAGCCAGUGUCGCCUGUUCCCCUCGGGGCAAAGUGACUCACUCCGACGGACAGGGCCAGACCAGGAUCUACACACCAUCUGUUAUCUCGACCCUGCAAAGGCACCUGGCAGCCUUCGACCCCGAGCUGGGAGGGCCGCUCGAGAACUCUGACGCGACCCCAGGGGGUGUGUCCUCCCACUGGGAGUCGCGAUUUCUGCAGAGCUCCAUCAUGUUAGCGGCGGCUAGCCAGGAUAUUGUGGCGCGGAUUGACCCGCUCACCUUGGCCGCGUUUCAGGACACGGGCUGGUACGCUGUCAACACCCACCGAGCCCAGAACCUUGUUUGGGGAGACGGUGAAGGAGCUUUGUUCGGUUCCACGCUGACCUGUCAAGACAACUCGUCAUCCUUCUUCUGUACUGGCAGUGGACUCGGGUGCCAUCAUUUACAUCUCCAGAAAGGGGAAUGCCAGACGGAUCCCUUCCUGGACGGAUGUCGCAUCUACAAAGCUUUUGAGAAUGGAAGCGAGUGCUGGAAGAAAGAAAACGAGAAGAAGUCGAGUGAAGAGCGCCUUAGCGGGGAGGUCUUUGGCUCAGAUAGCCGCUGUUUCUUCUCUGAUCUAACCACACUUAAUCUGAGUCUGUUCAACCGCAUUGUCACGGGACGCUGUUACAGACGCAAGUGCACAGGAACAAACCGCUAUCAAGUCCAGGUUCGGGGCUCCGAUUGGGUGGACUGUCCAGCAGGUGGCAGCAUUCAGAUAAGAGGAUACCAGGGUUCUGUUUUCUGCCCCAACAAAAGAUUGUGUGUGGAUUCUGACGUCACUCCCUCCAUAGAGGCUGACAUUUUCAACACGGAGUGA